GGAGCACGAGGACCAGGGUGGGGUGGGGGUGUUUCCCUGCUGCCAGAGAUGUGGUGUUUGUGUGUGAAGUAAUCUCCGCCACACUAACAGCCUCUCCGCUCCGCGGCUCCGUCAGUCGCGUCAACACUCUGCUGGAGGACGGCAGCACAAAGAGGCUGUGCCGGCGGCUCGUGCACACCUCCCCGUGCACGCACACACACCGAGCAGAGGAAGAGGAGGUGAGCAGGAGGCGCUGAAGAAGCAGGUUGUCAGAGGCUGGUCUCCUGCCUGAGGCCUCCUGCUGCCGGAGGUGCGCGCUCCCCCCCACGUGCACGUGUGCGCGCGGCGCCAUGCUGUGGACGCUGCUGCUGGCGCUGCUGCUGCUGCUGCUGCUGCAGGCUCAGCUCUCCGUGUGCUUGAGGGACCUGAGCUCCAGGAGCUUCAGCUCCCCUCUGGAGUCCUCCUCCUCCUCCUCCUCCUCAUCCUCCCUCAACGCCACCCAGCAGCGCCUCCCCGGAGCCAUCAUCAUCGGAGUGAGGAAGGGCGGCACCAGGGCGCUGCUGGAGAUGCUGAACCUCCACCCUCAGGUGGAGGUGGCCAAGGCUGAGGUGCACUUCUUCAACGUGGAGGAGCAUUUCCGCCGCGGUCUGGACUGGUACCGGGCCCAGAUGCCCUUCACCCUCCCGGGUCAGCUGACCCUGGAGAAGACCCCCGGCUAUUUCGCGUCUCCUCUGGUUCCUGCGCGGGUCUGGGACACGAACCCGGCCGUCCGGCUGCUGCUCAUCGUGCGCGACCCGGCGGAGAGGCUGGUGUCCGACUACACUCAAGUCCUCCACAACCGGCUGACGCAGCACAAGCCCUACCAGCCUCUGGAGCGGCUGCUGCUGCGCCGCGGCCGCAUCGACCCGGCCUACAAGGCGCUGCAGAGGAGCCUGUACCACCAGCACCUGGCCCGCUGGCUGGAGGUCUUCCCCCGGGCUCAGAUCCACGUGGUGGACGGCGACGCCCUCAUCCGGGACCCGUUCCCCGAGCUGAGGAAGGCCGAGGAGUUCCUGGAGCUGCCGCCCCGGAUCGACCCCGGAAACUUCUACUUCAACAGCACCAAGGGCUUCUACUGCCUGCUGACCGCCGGACACGACAAGUGCCUGGACGAGUCCAAAGGCCGGCCGCACGCCCCGCUCAGCGCCGCCGCCCUGAAGCAGCUCUGCCGCUUCUUCAGGAAGCCCAACAAGAUGUUCUUUGAGAUGGUGGGGAGGUCCUUCUCCUGGUGCUGAUCCGGAGACUCUUUCCGGACCCUGACAGGCCGGCGGGUCCUGGACAGACAGGAAGUGUGCUGAACACGAGACCUGCAGACGCCCUCUGACCUUCACUGUUGCACUAAACGCAGAAAGAGUCAAUCACUGUAAAGAGACAGGAAGUGCUUGUGUGUGUGUGUUUGUGUGUUUGUGUGUUUGUGUGUUUGUGUGUUUGUGUGUUUGUGUGUUUGUGUGUGUGUGUGUGUGUUUGUGUGUUUGUGUGUGUGUGUUUGUGUGUUUGUGUGUUUGUGUGUUUGUGUGUUUGUGUGUGUGUGUGUUUGUGUGUUUGUGUGUUUGUGUGUUUGCGUGUUUGCGUGUUUGUGUGUUUGUGUGUUUGUGUCGUCUUCAGUUUUCACUCUUUACUUUGUGAAGUUUUUUACCUCUGAAGGUGUUUGUGUUUUUUUCCUAAUAAAAACUCUGCAGUUGUGCAGCUCUGAGGGUCCAUCAAGCAGCUGACAGGUGCAGAAACGUGGACGGGGACGGGCUCCGCCCCACGUCCUCGCCACGCCAGGGAUCAAAGGCAGCGGGAUGCGUGACAGCGCCGCCUCUCUCCUGCGGAGGAAGCACGGCGAGCGCUCAGGCGAACGCACCUGGAGGUCAGCAGAAGGCCUCAGAUCCUGCAGUUCAAAGACAUGAAAGGACCCCCCCACCCCCCCCCCCACGCAGGAGGAGCCCGGGAAAACGGCGUUCCCGCUUUCACGCUGUCAGAAUCACUCCUGCUCCGAGUCUUCGUCCUGAAGAGUUUCUCCUGCAAACGUCGGAUCAGAUGUGAGACUCGAACCGAACGUCCAUCCAAACCAGAACCUCCAGCAGAACGCUGUGGAGACACCAGGCCAGAACCUUUCAGAUGAUCCACCAAAACGCUGAGUCUGCAAAGACGCCGGAUGGAAACCUCUGACAGUGAAGCUUCUCAUCAUCAAACCUUCUGAUUCGGUUUCACUUCAGGAUUCAGAAAAGCUUGAAGAAAUGAUCAAAACACAAACAAACUAAAAAAGUGUCUUUCUGAGGAUAAAAACCUCCAGAAUUUGUGGUUUUCUCACAUCUAAAACGUCUUCCUGGUCCUGAAGCCAAAGCCCCUCACCAUCACACUCCCACCUCCAUGUCUCUGAACCUCAGCUGUUUCUUUGUCCUUCAUCUCUCCAUGUCUGUCCAGAAAUCUCCGUCUGACUGUUGGAUCCUGAACUCUGAGCUUAACCGGGUCGUGUGUUCUGCUGCUGCUCUCAGAACCUCCUGGAGGAGGAGAAAGAGAACUCCUCCUCCUGUUCUUAGGGUUCCUCCUGUUCUUAGGGUUCC